AUGGCACACAGGGUGGCGAUCCCGCGCGUGCCCGGCGCGGGGGAGGCGGCGGGCCUGCCCGGGGACCUCUCCCUGGAGCAGUACGACACGCUGAGGAAGCAGGUGCGGGAGCUGGCCGCGGAGGCGAAGGGCCGCGCGCCCGCUGGGGAGGCGAGCGCCCGGGCACGCUACGUGCGCGAGCGGGAGGAGCUCGUCCGCGCGCAGAUGGCCGAGGAGGUCGCGGAGCUGCGGGACGAGCUCGCCGCGGCGAAGGCGCGGCUCCGGGAGGCCAACGAACGUUCCGCUCGGCACCGGGAGGCGCAGGCGCGGGAGCUCGAGAAGGCCGAGCGCAAGAUCGAGCGGCACGCGGCCCGCAGCGAGGAGCAGCGCGAGGGCUUCGAGAAGGCCCUGGCGCGGCAGGCGGAGGACCACGAGGCGCGACUGGAGGCCGUGCAGCGCGAGGCGGAGCAGGCCUCGCUGCAGCACGCCCGCGACCUCCGCGCGACCGAGGAGCGGCUGUCCGCGCUCCACCGCGGCGAGCUCGAGCGGCUGCGCCGGGAGCACGCGGACGCGGCGCGCGCGCUGGCCUCGUCGCGCGACGGCCUGCAGGCGCAGCUGGCGACAGCGCAGGGGAGGGUGGAGCGGCUCGAGGGGGAGCGGGACGACCUGACGGUGCGGCUCGAGGGCGCGGAGGGGCAGUGCAGGGCGCUGCGGCAGGAGAUUCGCGACGCGUGGCGGCCGCAGGCGCGCAUGUUGGAGGGGCGGGUGGCGCAGUUGGAGGAGGACUUGCGACGGGAGAGGGAGCGCGGGAGCGAGGCGUGCAGGCAGGAGGCGGCGCGCUGGCAGGGGGAGAUGGAACGGUAUCGCGCGCAGAAGAGCGAGGAGCUCGCGGCGCUGGAGGGCCGCGUGCAGGCGGCGAUCGCGAAGAAGGACGCCGCCAUCGACACGCUGCGGUCCGACCUGACAGCGGUGCGCGAGCGGCUGGCGGCCGCCGAAGCCGCCCUGCGCGCAUGCGCGGGCGAGGCCGGCGUCAUUGUCAGAUAG